UGUGGAUUUUCAAUUUCUCAAUCAGACUCCGACUCGCAUAUUCUUUCUCGAACACUAACUGGUUUCUUCCAACAAAGGCGGCAUCUUGUAGUUGUAUCACCAUCUCUUGUCAGCGGCUUCUCUUCCAACCACAUCUCCUUCUCUGCCGCAGCUCUUCUCGUAGUUUACCACAGUGCUUGGUGUGGGUUGCAUUCGGGUGUAUAGACUAAUUUAUGUGCUGAAAUUUGUGGACUUGCAUUUGGAGGUGCACCGAUGGCUACCACCACCGAUGCCACCCCUAAAUUCCACAAUCACGAACUCCGCCCACUCUUAUCAUUGGAGGAGCAGCAGCAGCAGGACUUAACAAUGGAUCCUUCUCCUUCGCACACUCAUCACGAUGGUCUUCUCUUUUGGCAGUUCAUGGUCGCGGGUUCAAUUGCAGGCUGCGCCGAACACAUGGCUAUGUUCCCUGUUGAUACCAUUAAAACCCGUAUGCAAGCUCUCGGGUCUUGCCCGAUUAAAACCGCAGGUGUCAGGACUGCUCUCCGGUCCAUUUUACAGUCCGAUGGGGCUGCCGGACUUUAUCGUGGGAUAGCUGCAAUGGGCCUUGGGGCCGGGCCAGCUCAUGCUGUUUACUUCUCUAUGUAUGAGUUUUGCAAGAAGAGUUUUUCCGGGGGAAACCCUAAUAACCAUGUAGCUCACGCGAUGUCAGGGGUUUGUGCUACGGUUAUGAGCGACGCCGUUUUGACCCCUAUGGACAUGGUGAAGCAGAGGUUGCAGCUUAGCGGGGGUAAUGGUGGGGCCUACAGAGGGGUUUGGGAUUGUGUGAAGUUGGUUUUGAAAAAAGAAGGAUUUGGGGCCUUCUAUGCGUCUUAUAGGACGACUGUGCUCAUGAAUGCACCAUUUACUGCUGUGCAUUUUGCUACCUAUGAGGCUGCUAAGAAGGGCUUGACGGAGAUUUCGCCCAACACCGCAGAUGAUGAGAGGUUGGUUGUUCAUGCUACAGCUGGGGCAGCUGCUGGGGCGCUUGCUGCUGUGAUUACCACGCCAUUGGAUGUUGUGAAGACGCAGUUGCAGUGCCAGGGUGUUUGUGGAUGUGACAGAUUUACUAGUGGUUCAAUAAGGGAUGUUAUUAAGACAAUAGCUAAAAAGGAUGGUUACAGGGGGCUCAUGAGGGGAUGGGCUCCUAGAAUGAUGUUCCAUGCUCCUGCUGCAGCCAUUUGUUGGUCUACAUAUGAAGCUGCAAAGACCUUUUUCCAGGAGUUGAAUGACCAGAAAAAUAGUAGCAGUUUGACCUAAUUAUCGGCGAGCAGCUUACAUUUCCCACUUGUUAUUUGUGAAUGCUGCAUUGUUACGAAAGGUACACAAAUUCAAUGACAAACACGGGAUCAUACACAUAUACACCUUAAUUUAGGUUCGUGUUUCUAAUUGAGGGGCAGUUGCAGUCUAGUAAGAAAGUCAGAUUGUAUUGUAUCAUUAUGUUCAAAAUUUUGACAAUUUCAAGUGACGAUUAAUUUUUUGACAAUUUCAAGUGAUGAUAUAAGCUUGAAGAAAACAGUUCAAAUA